AUGGCGUCCAACUACGUAAUAGCCCGACGCAGCCUUCAGCGAAGCUUUUCCACAGCCACACCAAGCCUAUACAAUGCGUCGCACAGCCUCAAAGCAGACGUCAAAGCAGAUGUUAGGCCCGAGGCAAUCAAGAAGCCUCAUCCCAAGAUCGCGUCUGGCAUGACGGGCAUUGCUCAAAAGCUCCGCGAGAAGGCUCCGCUCAUGACAGAGACCUAUGUCGCAUAUGGCGCAACACGAGACCUGAUCAAGGAAUGUAGCCGAGCUGCAGAGUACACGAUUCCACAAGCAUUGGAUCCAAAGGGAGAGAUCCCCACCGACGAAAAUGGUGUGCACCUAGGCGUGGGCGACGGAUGGUGGUAUGAGACACUUGGGCUCCAGCCAAACUUCUCCAAUUGGGCUCAAAUCACAUUUAUCCACAUGUGGAUGCUACAAGUGCGCUUCCGCAUGUUCCCCGAGACCCACGCACCUGUCUGGAUCCAACACCUCACGAACCACGCUUUCUACGCCGCCGAAGAUCGUCUGGUAGUGUGGCACAAGUUCAACGCCAAUUCGCUGCGCCAAAAAUCCUUGAAAGACAUGUUCUCGCAGUGGCGAGGCGUGCUUCUCUCAUACGACGAGGGUCUCGUCAAGGGCGACGCCAUCCUCGCAGCUGCGCUUUGGAGGAAUCUCCUGGGCAGCAGGGAGGAUGUUGAUUUUGAGCAGCUGGCGCAAAUUGUGGCAUAUAUGCGGAGAGAGCUCAAGAGACUGGAUUCGGCAUCUGAUGAUGAAGUUGCCAACGGUCAGUGGACGUUCCAAGGAAGUCCAGGCGAUGAGGCCCAGAUGGUCAAGAGACCGAGUCCUUUGUUGAAGAGCGGAAGCGCAUAG